AUGACUUAUGCUGUGGCCCAGUUUGUAUGCUUAUUAUUUCUAAUAAGCACAACUUUAGCAGGAGAUAAGGAUAGUCCUAUCUAUGCGGUAGUACACAAGACUCUGGCAAUGACAGCGAGAUCUUGCAUGGUGAGUGCGAAUGCAAGCGAAGUGGAUUUGGAAUCUCUCCGUGAAGAUCCGCCUUUUCCUGAAAAAUCUGCGUGUAUUCUAACUUGCCUUUUAGAAAAAGUAAACCACGACGUGGCUUCAUGCGAAUUGGCAAAUGAAAUAACAUCAUGCAUUUACAAAUACGCACCCGAAUUACAUUUCAAACAUUAA